AUGGCGGAUGAUGCAGGUACCACCUCCAGAACCGAAGAGUCAGGCCUCGAGGGGGACGAUGAUCUCUUCGAGUACUUGGAGCUCAAGCGGAAGGAGGUCGCAGCCAUGACGCAGGCCGCGGAAAUUGCUCGUGAGCAGGCCACGGCGCUGUUGCUGUGCUGA